AUGGUAGCAAGAUCUCCUCGCAACCCAAGAAAAUGACCAAACUGCAGUUUUUAAACGUCUUUUUGACUGAGCGUCUCAUGCUUGCUGCGCAGGAGAUCUACAAGUCUGUUGAGGACACGAUUUUGGAGUACCAGGAGGAGAUUGCGAUCCGGGAGCGGGAGAACGACCAUCUGAGACGCAGGCUGCGAGAAGCUGGAAUUGAAAUAUGGCCAGAUCGUCCGUCCAUGGCGCUGUUGGACGAGGAGGAUGGUGAGCAUCCACGGCGUGAGUGGAGUCCCAGCAUGGGCCAUGAAGAGCGUAUCCCUAUUCAGAUUAAGGACAAAAGAGAUCUGCGGGCCAGUCAAGGAGAUGAUCAGCUUCGUGGCCAUGGCUCUUGCAGCACACCAGAGAACAUGUUCACUCCCCCGCGUGUUGGAAAUGAAUAUCCUCAGGAUGGCCCCCACACAUCCAACCUCCCUCAGAGUCAAGGUGUGGAGAACAGAGAGAGGGACCCUGGAUCUCGAGGCCCCUCAAGACAUGUGAAGGUAGAGAGUGGAGGAGGCCACAGAGGCUCGACUUCGUCCAACAGCGGCGCCCAGCCCCUCGCACCAGUCAACCCAAACUGCUCAAAUGAGAACAACAUUGACAUUAUUGGGGUGGAGAAUGGAGGACAGAUGGUUGGUGCAAAGGGCAAUGGAACUGGAGCUAACCGAGGACAGGCCUCUCACAUGCGCAACCAAGGAGCCAAUGCUGUGGACUGCCCUCAUCAAAAAUCUCCCCUACAAGGCCACAUGUCGUCCUUUUGCUGCAAGGUUUGUGGCGAGGCGUUUAGUCACAUUGGCCACCUACAUGUGCAUGUUCAAGUGCACACGCGAGAAAAACCAUACCGCUGCGGAGUAUGUGGGAAAUGCUGCAGCUCCUCCGGCAGACUCCAGGAGCACCAGCGUAGUCACACAGGAGAAAAACCAUUCCGCUGCCAGAUUUGUGGAAAGGGCUUCACACAGAUGGCUCACCUGAAAGUACACAUGAGGAUCCAUACUGGGGAGAAGCCAUACAGUUGCCCUGUGUGUGGCAAAUGCUUUAGCCGCUCUGACAAAAUCAAAAGGCAUCUCCAGACCCAUAGCCGCGAGGGUACAUAUUUCUCAGGGCAAUGAUGCAAGUGUGUUGUUAAACAACAAGUUUGUGAAUCACAUUGAUGUGGGAAGCUUUCCUACAAAAAGCUAACAUUGCUGCCAUUAGGACGAGGCUUUUUUUCUACUUUCCAAGAACUAGGGAUUCUGCAACUCUUAGAGAAAGUUUCUUAUCUAACCUAAUACUUCUCCAUGCCAUAGUCCCUCAAUAGAAUUUGUAUUAGCCAGUUUAGUAUGUCAUUUACUUAAUUUUGUACUUGUCACUGAGUAUUAAAUCUCUAAGACACAAUUUGAGUUAGUAGCUAGCCUUUCUGAAUUAUUGAGCCUUUCCUUAGUCAUAUAAUUAGCAUGAUGAAGUCUUCCACACAUGCCUUGAAAUUGAGAAGCAUUAAGAAAUGCAACAAUGUUCAGCACGGUCACGGCUUGUCAACCAGUCGCUUCAUACCCAUAAGUUUCCACUUGAGUUUAAAAUCUCCAGACUGCAAUAAUCUGGUUUGCAAUAAUUACUUUAGGACCUAAAAUUAAGAGUCAGUGCAUGCAUGAAACUCCAUUUUCCCAAUUAACCAGAAAAUUGAUGACUAAUGAAGCCUUUGUGUCAUCUGGCUGAGUCUAACACUGCCAGUAGUUUUUAUUUUUUAGCAAUUUAAAAAAUGACACAAAAUUAAGGCAAACAAAAAGCUAUUGAAAUGCCCCCGUAAACUGUGGACUGGACCCACUUACAAGAAGAAGUCUGGCACUUAUCUCAAUUUUUGUCUUUAUUUUAACGUCCUUUUUCUUCUGAGUGCUGUUACAUUGUUGCAGAGCUAAAUACUGCCAUCUCACAUUGUCAGUGCUUCAUGUUGUCCAUUGGAAUAUGGACAAAUCUAUUGUGAGACUGCUCCACUUUUGUGAAAUAAUGUGAUAUUCUGUAAAAUACCACUAGUCUCAGUCUACCAUACAUUUAGGAUUUUUGUGGUGUCUUUUUUAUGACAUGCACUAUGGCAUCUGUUUAAGAGGAUGCAGAAAUACACUCUGUAAUAGGGCCAUACAGUGUUGGCUGAACCUUUCUGUGUUUUUUUCAGGGGUCUCAGUCAGGAAAAAUGUAUGCUCACCUGUGUUUCCACCACAAUAGUCAUUCACAUGUGAGAUAUUUUUGGAGUGGUCUCAGUUUUCAGAAGUGAUGGUUGAUUUAUCAUAGAAUCAGGUACUUCCUCUGCCCAUCUUGGACUGACCCCAGAACAGUUGGCCCUACAGUUACCUUUCUCCUCUCAGGACUAAUGCUGCAUUCAUAACAUUAGAGCAUACCAGAAAAACUAAUAUCUGACUUGAAACAGCUAUUAGAAAAGUCAGAAACUCAGGGUUUGUCAGUUUUCCCAUGGGAUUAGACCCUUGUCGCAGGAAUGUACAUGUCAGUAACAAUUAAAAGCAAAAAUAACAAUCUGCACCUGAAUGUCCUGCUGAAAGAUGAGCUAAAUAAAAUGUGGUACCUUCAGGGUGUGCCUAUGCUCAGUUGUUUGCUCUGGGAUGCACACCAAUGAAACCUCUAUGUGUGAUGAAUGCAGCAUGAGACAACUACAGCAUGUCCUCACAGCUGACCAGCAGCCCUUCACUCAGUCAUCUCUGGGACACCUUUGCUUCCCCUGCGUACACACACACACACACACUCUACUGUACAGUGGUGUAUCAUUGCGUAUUAAAUGUUAUUUUUUAAUAAAGUAGUAAUUGAG